ACGGGCCACGGUAUAUUUUAAAUUUUAAAAUUCUCUCAAAACAGUUCCUUUUAGACAUAAAUAUCCAAAUAUUUUUCCUUAGAAAGUAGAAACUAUUAUGAUCCGUCACUCAAAGUAAGAAACAAAGCAUAAUCUUCUGAUGGGUUUGUGACUUGAUUUCCCUUUGCAAAUCAAGAGGUUGGAGACCACAUUCACACAUGUCGACUCUUUGAACAUGGAUGCUGCUAUUUUCGAAGAGCACCGUCAUCAUUGCAGGGGGGAAGUAAGCUGCGUAGUUCGACCACUACCAGUAUCACCACAGGAAUUAAGAAUCUAUAACCAUAAUAGUAAUAAUAUUUCUGAUUUACCUACUUUAGCUCUUCAAUUUCACCUUCGUACUCAACUUGACGUUUGGUAUAUAACACCCCAUGAUUACCCUCCACAACUCCUAUAUAUGGCUGAAUCUCAUGAAACUGAGACCAAUUCAUUUCAUCUCAAACUAUGCCCUUCUCAAUACUCGUCAUAUGACGUGUUCUACCGUGUCAUUGAUGGAAAUCUCAAGAACUGGGGGGACUAUUACGAGACGUAUAGUCACAUUCUUAUCCAUAAAAUGAUUUGUCAGAUACGUAAAUUUGUUGAUGAUGAGUUGAACAAGGGUAUUACUUGCCAAAACUUGGAGAUGUUUGUUGGUUUAAAUUCGAAAGUCGAAUAUAUUUGGGAUGGGAGGAAAGAAGAAUGGUCGGCGUGGCGCUUCAAUGGGAUGAUGAUACCUGCUAGUAAGUCAUCCAUAAUGCAGUUGCCGGAAAGAAUGGAGAUUGACGAAGAUCAGUGUUUGAAUGAUGACUGUGUGAUUUAUUUGGAACAACUCGCAAAAGAGAGGAAAAAGAUCCUUUGCUUGCCUUGCUCACAUAUGUUUCAUGGAGAUUGCAUUACUAAGUGGUUAGAAAAGAGCCAUUACUGCCCUGUUUGCCGUUAUAACAUGCCAACGGCAGAAAAUUAGACUCCUAGCUAGCUAGCUUUCUCUUUUUAUUUAUUUAUUUGUUUAUAGUUGCAUUAGUCAAUGUAAUUAAGGAAGCCAAGUUGAAUGGAACAUUUUGAAAAAGUUGAUGAGAAUAUUCCAAGCUCA